UAAGCUGUGUUUUGGGUUUGGUGGUAAAUGCUAAGGAAAAAAGAUAAGGGAAGGGAAGUGAUGAGGGAGUGUUAGCGGGUGAGGGUUGCAAUUUGGAAUGGAGUGUCCAGGUUAAGUCUUUGAGAGAAGGUAACAUUUAAGAAAGGACUUCAAGGAUAGGAGUCUGGGAGUAAGAGUAAGGGUCUGAUUCAGGCAGAGAGAAAAGAGCCAUGACUGGAGCAUGCAAGAUUAAUAGAGGAACAGCAGGGAAGCAGUGUGGCUGAAAUUCACAGUAGGGGAAAGUGGGAAAUGACGUCGGAGAGGUGAAGGUUUUCACAUGGACUUUGGAUUUCAUUGGCAGAUUUUGAACAGAAGGAUGACUUCAUAUGGCGUACAUUUUAAAAAGACACUCGGAUUGCUCCUUUUGAGGCUAAAAGGAGAGAAAAAAUGGAAGCAGAGAGACUACUUAGGAAAUUGUGUUAGUCUUCCAUUGCUCCUGUAACAAAUUUCAGCAACUUUGUUGGUUAAUAAUACAAAUUUACCGUCUUUUAGUUUGUACAUCAGACUAGGUCUGUAAAUCUGUAAAUAUCACCAGGCUAAAACCAAAGUCAGUAGGGCUGUGUUCCUUCUGGAGGUACUAGGGGAGAGUACAUUUAUUUCCUUGGCUUUUCCACCUUAUGAAGCCUGCCUGAAUUCCUUGGCUCCUGACUGCUUCCUUCGUCUUCACAGCCAGCAAAGGAGCAUCUUCCAAUUACACCUUCUGUCCUCUCCAGCACUCAUGUGUCUCUCUUAUAAAGACACUUGUGAUUACAUUGGGCCCACCUAGAUAAUUCAGGAUAAUAUCUUCAUAUGGAAGUUCUUAAUUUAAUCACCCCCGCAAAAUUCUUGUAUGAGUAUGUAAAGUAACAUAUUCACAGGUUUGGGGGAUUACGAUGUCUUUGAGAGACCAGAUGAGAGAACAUGGUGCCUCACCCAGACCACUUAAGUAGUGAUGAAAAUGACGGAGUCUAGCUCUUUCACCCAGGCUGGAGUGAAGUGGCGCAAUCUCAGCUCAGUGCAACCUCCGCCCCCUGAGUUCAAGUGAUUCUCCUGCCUCAGCCUCCCCAGUAGCUGGGAUUACAGUGAUAUCCUGAGAGAAGAUGGGAAAGGGCUGCAAGGUUGUGGUUUGUGGAUUGUUAUCUGUGGGGAAAACUGCAAUUUUGGAGCAGCUCCUUUAUGGAAAUCAUACUAUUGGAAUGGAAGAUUGCGAAACAAUGGAAGAUGUAUACAUGGCUUCAGUAGAAACAGACCGAGGAGUAAAAGAACAGUUACAUCUUUAUGACACCAGAGGUCUACAGGAAGGCGUGGAGCUGCCAAAGCAUUAUUUUUCAUUUGCUGAUGGCUUCGUUCUUGUGUACAGUGUGAAUAACCUUGAAUCCUUUCAAAGAGUGGAGCUUCUGAAGAAAGAAAUUGAUAAGUUCAAAGACAAAAAAGAGGCAACAAUUGUUGUAUUAGGAAACAAAAUCGACCUUUCUGAGCAGAGACAAGUGGACGCUGAAGUGGCACAGCAGUGGGCAAAAAGUGAGAAAGUAAGACUGUGGGAGGUGACUGUUACAGAUCGGAAAACUCUGAUUGAACCAUUCACUUUAUUAGCCAGUAAACUUUCUCAACCCCAGAGCAAAUCAAGCUUUCCUUUGCCUGGGAGGAAAAACAAAGGGAACUCUAAUUCUGAGAACUAAAAAUCAGUAAUUUCCACAAUUGUAUGUUGAAUAGUGAUUGCCUUUAAGUGUCUGUGAACAUGGAGUAAUAUUACUAUUUAAAAUAGGCCAUUUGUGUCUACCUUUGGUCCUUAGGAAAAUUCCUAAGGAAGUCAUUUAAUGCACUUUAGAUGUUAAAAGUAUUUGGGCUAAGGUUAUUAUUGCCUGAUAUGAAAUAAUAUAUUCUCAUUCUCAUUGUUUGAAACCUGUCUUUGAAAUUAGCACCUUUGUUAUUUAUGUUGUACUUGUGAAAACAGUAAAAUAGUUUGGAUAGUUAUCCAAAUGCACCUAUGUAUGACUUCCCCCCAACCCCAAGCUGUUUCGGAAGAUAUCAUAAUCAUUCUGUGUAACAUUAUGCAAACCUCUAAGCCCAAACAUGACUUUGUUUUUAAAAAGUUCAUUAAUCUAAUGUCUAGGAUUACAAAACAACAUUUUUUUUGUGUCUAAAUUGGACCCAAAACAUUGAACAGUUUGGGGCAGUAAGCUAAAUUUCAUCUUGUGGAGAUUUUGCUAAACAGACUAAGACCCAUGAUUUAGCUUUGCUCAAAUUAGAAUGUUUAGCAUGAGUUGAGGUACCAGGUAGUGUAAGUAGGUUCAUCACGCUCUAAGGCCGUUUUUUCCUUAGCCAGACCCCUGUUGAUAGACCAGAUACUUGAGGGCAAACUGCUCCUCCUCUUGAAAAUGAUUAGGCACUUAAGGACAGUAAAGCUGUAUUUUCUGGAAGACUGUAUCUUCUGGAACAGUUUUCUAGAAAACUAGUCAUAUACAAUAAAAGUAUCAAAAAUACUGAGCUCUAAUUUGAUCUAACUUAGAUGUCUGAGUUUGUGUUGUUUCUCGAAAGAUUUUUGGCAAGACUCAAGCAAUGUGGCUGACUGUAACUUUAUUAAUUUAAAAGGUAGGAAGUAAGCUACUUAGUGGUUUCACCUGUGAAAUAACUAUUUUGACUGAAAUGUAAAAUAAGCUAUUCAACAAAGAACAUAUUAAAACAUCAAGUAAUUUGUAACAUCUUAAAUGGAAUACUUUUUUCAUGAGCUCUAGUGAAGAACUACUACAUAUAAAAGAUGAUACUUACAAAUCAGCUAUUGCUGCUACAGUAUAAUUCUUCAAAAUUUCUCAUCAUAAAUUCAUUUUUUGGUUAAAAAAUUAAUUACCACUCAGACACUACUCACCCCUUACCCUUUUCCCCCGGUUAUUGAAUAUUAAUCUGGCUUCCCCCCCAUGCAUGUUACAUAGAUGGACAAAUGCUUUCAUAAUGAUUAAGUACCUUCCAGUUUGCUUUGUUUCCUACUAAUGCAACUUAGUCUAUAUUAGUACAAACAGUUACCAAUUCUUUUUAAAUUCUGUAAUGAAUGUAUGUGUCUCUGGAUAAGUUUAUCUGAAAGAGACAUACAGAAACAGAACUGCUGGGUCAUGACGUGUAUACUUAGGUACUGCCAAAAUGCCCCCUAAGGCAGUGUACCAGUUUAUCCAUGACGGAACCCAUUUCUCAUGUACUUGCUACUAGAGCAUCUGCAAGUUAGAAAAUGCUUUUAAAAAGAUGCAGUAGGGUUCGUCUUUGAAGCCUAAAUGGGGUAGAUUAUUUAACCUUUUCUAGGAUACCUCAUCUACAGCUGUGUAAAGUACAGAUCCUAAUACAGGUAAAUAAUACCUACUAAAUAUGCAUUAUUGUUAGCUUGUUUUAGAAGCAGAUACCUAUCGAUUUCAGAAGAAUCUGCAAAUGGCAACCAAAAGGCAAAAGUAAAUGAACACAGCAGUAUUUAUUAGGUGGUUUUUAAUAUUGUUUAUUAGCACAGUAACAAAUGCAGACUUAAGUAGUCCACAACAUAGAACCAAUCCACUGAGCAACUCCUAUUCCACGCCUUACAGUUAACAGCUUAAGGUAUUUCACUACAGGUUUUCACAAGUCCUGAUUUAGACCUUUUUUAAACAAAGUAGACUGGCAUAUAAAAUAAAACGCAUUACUCAUCUCUUAUAUGGUGUUUUAUAGCCACAUGUCCAUUUUAUAUAUAUGAGAUGACAGUCUCUAAAAACUCUGUUAAAUAUCAAUGUUCCCUUCCAAGAAGGGAAAACAAAUUCCAAUUUUGUUUUAAACAAAAAGUAUGUAGUCUUAGAGGGACUUUACAUAAAUGGCCAUGUGUGUAACCUGUACCAAAUUAAGCUGUUUUAAAUUUACAGACUACAAGCAACUGAACCCAAAUGUCUAAAUGUACAUUCUUUUCUGUACUAUAUUUCAGCUAAUAUUGCAGAACUAAUGACAAUUUUAAAAGUUGCUAUUACCAAUUCUGUCUACUGUAGCAAGAUACCUUAAGUUACAACAAAAUCUUAGGAAAUAAGACUGAAUAAUAUCUGUUAUAGAAAUACCCUACUCUUUACCAACUCCCACCCUCCCUGACCCCUUCAAAAUCAUAAGCAGCUCUCUUCUGUGACAAAUAAUGUAAGAAUUGUGAAACCCCAAUUUAUGUAGCGUAUCUCUUGGUCCACUGUCUGGCCAUUCUGUCAUGUUCUGCUCUGUUGGUCAUAUACUGAGUGGCAAUACUUCCCACCAAGGGGUCGGCUGGAAAAAAAGAAUUUAGAUUACUUUGGAGAAAGGAAAAGAACAUUUUAAACUUUAGCGAAUAGUGACAGCUUGGGUAGAUACGUACAACAACGUAUAUGUGAUCAAACCCAUCUUCGAAACACCACUCCACCAUGCUGGAUAUUUUUCCAUCAAAAUUUCAAAAAACAUAACGUGGGGGGAAGAGGGAAUGCUUAGGCUUUAGUGUACUGGUCUGUCUUUAUCUUAGUUCAUUCCAUUUUUCUCCCAGCAAACAACACUCGAUUGGAGUUUCUUUACUCUUAUGUGUUAGGCUGAGUUCAGUAGAGACUGGAACGGUCAAGGCUCCAGACUACAAUGAACAUCCAACUGUGUUCAUGUGACCCUUAGCUCAACGUCACCAGUUAACGGCAUUGUGAAUACUGUGAAGUCUUCGGGGCUGUUGCAGUUCAACACUAUUAACCUUUACGCUGGUUAAAGAGCCAGGUUGCCAGGCAAAACCUGGACCUCCAAUUAAGUAUAGUAUUUCUCUGAAUCUUAGGAUCUUUAAUAAGUUUAUAUUUGGUUUACCUAGAAAAUAAA